GAGUGAGUCUGCGAAAAUCCACCCGGCGACCUCAUCUCUACCCGGUUACCGACCAUGACACCAUGUCUGCCGGUAUAAAACCGUAGAGCCAAUCCUAUCAGGGAUCCGUGUGUGUGUCUAGAGAGACCACUGGAACCGAGGGGAGGAGGCUGCUGCUGCUGCUGCUGCUCCACUCCUGAAAACGUAGGGGAGAAGGAGAGAGACGCACAGAGACGGGGAGAAGAGACAGGAGAGAGGGCAGAAUCAUGGCUACGCUGGUACAAACUGCAGAUAUGGAGACUUUAGGGGGGCAAAGCCUCACCGGGACAUCUCCGACAUCCUCCGGUCCCUCGCAGCACUUCAACGACGGGAAAUUCUACCUGCUGGUGGUGAUCGGGGAGAUCAUAACUGACGACCACCUCAAAUGUGCCAUUGCGGAUAUUGAGAAAGGGAUCCGUUCGUGGGACACCAACCUCAUAGACUGCAACCUGGACCAGGAGCUCAAGCUCUUCGUCUCCAGGCACUCUGCUCGUUUCUCUGCUGAUGUCAAAGGCCAGAGAAUUCUUCACCACAAAAGUAAUAUCCUGGAGACGGUGGUGCUUAUCAACCCUUCAGAUGAAGCCGUCUGCACCGAGGUUCGUUUGAUGGUCUCAGACACCGCCAGGCACAAGCUUCUGGUCCUCUCUGGGCAAUGCUCUGAAAACACUGGUGAACUGAUUCUUCAGUCUGGAGCUUUCUCUUUCAUCAAGUUCAUAGACAUAUUCACAGAUCAAGAGAUUGGUGAAUUGCUCAGCACCAUUCACCCAGCCAACAAAGCCAACCUCACAAUCUCCUGCCCUGAACAAGGCGACUGGAAAAACUCCAACUUGGAAAAACACAACCUGCAAGAAUUCAUUAACAUGAAACUAAACUCUGCCCUCAUCCUUCCUGAAAUGGAAGGCCUCUCCGAAUUCACAGAGUACCUAUCUGAAUCAGUGGAGAUCCCUUCUUCUUUUGACUUGCUUGAACCCCCAACAUCAGGUGGAUUCUUGAAACUCUCCAAGCCGUGCUGUUACAUUUUCCCAGCGGGUCAUGGUGACUCUGCUCUGUUUGCCGUAAACGGCUUCAACAUGCUUAUUAAUGGGGGCUCAGACAGGAGGUCAUGCUUCUGGAAGCUGGUGAGGCAUCUAGACCGAGUGGACUCGAUCCUCCUGACCCACAUUGGUGAUGACAAUCUACCAGGCAUCAAUAGUAUGUUGCAGAGGAAGAUGGCAGAGCUUGAGGAGGAACAGUCACAAGGUUCAACAGCUAACAGUGACUGGGUAAAGAACAUGAUUUCCCCAGAUAUUGGCGUCGUCUUCGUGAAUUUUCCUGAAAACCUGGAUAGCCCGGAACCUAAUUACAAAGUGCGCAGGACGGUUGAAGAGGCAGCAUUUACCCAGCAGUUUCUAAACAAGCUAAAUCUGAGGAUUGAGCCUUUGCAAAAGCCUGUGGGAAAUACUAUAGAACCAAUCACACUUUUCCAGAAAAUGGGUGUUGGAAAGCUUGAUAUGUACGUGCUUAACCCAUCAAAGAACACUAAGGAGAUGCAGCACUUUAUGAAACAGUGGACAGGAAGUGAAAAAGACACAACUUCCAUCUUGCUUCCCAAUGGGAAAGAGUCCGAGUUCCCUGUCUCUUACUUGACUUCGAUCUCCUCACUUAUUGUGUGGCACCCUGCAAAUCCUUUGGAUAAGGUUGUGCGUGUUCUCUUUCCUGGAAAUGCCACCCAAGAUCACAUCUUUGAAGGUUUAGAGAAGCUGAAGCACUUGGAGUUUUUGAAGCAGGCAGUUGUCACUCAAAAAUCCCUGUCUUCCAGCGUGCAAUCAACUCCAACACUAAAACAAGCAAAGAUGAAACACAGAACAGACAGCAAAGAGAGCUUAAAAUCAACCCCAAAGCCAUCUCCAAGCAAAACCAUCAGAAAAGAGUCAAAGGAAGACAGACCAGAGAAGGCAAAGAUUGACGCAGAAUCAGCUCAAGAAAAAACACAAAAGACAGAGAAAAAAGAAAAACUCCCGCUGAAAAAGGAAAAGGUAAAGGCAUCGGAGAAAGAAUCAAAAGCAAAGGCAGAUCAAACUGUCUCAAAUGCAACUCCAGAAAAAAAGAAGUCUGAGGCAAAACCAAAAGCUGAAAGAAUUGUUAAGAAAGAGGCCAAAGCAUCUAUGGAAAAGAAAAAAGAGGUAAAAAAGGAAGUUGGGAAAAAAGAUGAAACCUCCAAACAUGAGAGUAAGAAGGAUGAGAAAGUAAAGAAAGAGGAGACAAAAAGAGUUUUGAAAAGGGAUAUCAGAAGAGAUUCCCCCAUGAAAGAGAAGCGGGAAGAAAAGAAGGAGCAAAAGAAAGAUGUCAAAAAGACAUCUAAAGACAUAAAAAAGACAUCAACUGCAGGUGAAGACAAGAAUCUCAAACCCAUGAAGAAAGAAGAUGCUUCAAAGAAGGAUACAGGAACUCCAACAAAGUUUAAAGACAAAGGAAAGUCUAAGGUGACAAAGAAGGAGAACAAAGUUGACAGCAAAGUGGCAGCAAGUGCUGUUACCGCUGCCGCUACUGCUGCUGCUGCUGCUACUGCUGCUGCUGUUGCUACUGCUGCUGCUGCUCCUUCUGCUGCUGCUCCUUCUGCUGCUGCUCCUUCUCCUGCUCCUGCUCCUUCUCCUGCUCCUGUCGUUGUAGAGGAUCCAGAAGUAGUAAGAUCUCUGAUGUCCUCCCCAGAAGACCUUACUAAAGACUUUGAAGAGCUCAGAGCGGAAGAAUUUGUAGACAAUGAUGCAACUGUUGUGGUGCCCGAUGAAGAACUGAUACAAAGCAAAGAGUCACCUGAGGCAUUAGAGUCUGUUGAUGAGGGUAUAACCACAACAGAAGCUGAAGGUGACAGUGGGGAGACUCCAGACGAACAACCACUUAAGGGGAAACUUAAUGGCAGUGUUUCUGAGAAGUUUGAAGAUGAAGGUACCGUAAUGGAAGAGACACCUGAGGGAGGCGAUUAUGAAGAGAAAGGAGAAACAGAAGAAGUUCAUGAGCCACAAGCAAUGGUAGUAGAUACAAUUAUUCCUGCCCCUUUUGUAGAUGAACACCAGCCGGAUCACGAAUUGGAAAAAGAAGACAAUGUGGAAGACAUUGAUGAUGUGACUAAUAAAAAUGUGCAAGAUCUGCAGCUAAGUCCAAGAGAAACAGAGAAGCAGAUACUGUCUGCAUCUGCCUCACCCAAAAUGUCUGCAUCCGCUUCACCCAAAAUGUCUGCAUCUGCUUCACCCAAAGUGUCCUCGCCAAUUUCUCCUGCUGCAUCUAUCCAUGAUGAAAUGCUGCCAGUUGGCUUUGAGAGCAGCACGGCUUCAGAUGAUGAAAACAAAGAUGAAGUUCCUGAGGAUUAUACAAUCACAUCGGGCCACACUCAGUCCACCAUUGACAUCUCUAGCGUGCCCACUCCCUUGGAUGAGAUGUUGACUCCUAGGGACAUCACAAGUGAUGAAGCCACCAAUGAUGAGACAGAGUCUCCAUUACAACAUAUUGGAAGGAUUGAGAAAUCAGCAUCGGGAGAAUUUGAUAAAAAGAGUCUCUCUCCACUUCAAGAUAGGUCAGGGUCAGAUCAUUCCCAGAGUGAUGCCACAGAAGGCCAGGACUACAAUCAUUCUGCUGCUACAAUAUCUCCCCCUUCAUCUCUGGAAGAGGAUAAACUUUGUAAGGAGUUUCCUUUGGAGGGGAAAGCUGAAGGACUUGCAACAACUCAAGACUCACCAGAAAAGUAUGACUCAGCCAGGCUCAGUUCAAUAUCCGCAACAACUCCUCUUGUUCGUUCUCCAUCAGUGGAAUACAAGGGUACUUUUGAGCACCCUUCAAUGUUUGCUCCUCCAAUAGAACUGUCUUCCAUGCUGGCAGGGGGCACAAGAGCAGCAGCUGAUUUCUCCAUGAGCCCAGAUGACAAGACUCUGGAAGGAGGUAAUUCGCCUCAGUCUUCUGGCCACACACCUUAUUAUCAGUCACCAGUAGAUGAGAAAGCAGGAGUCGUACCACCUGUGUCAGAAGACAAAUCACAGGGUCUGAUCAUUGUCGAGGUCACAAGUGAUAAAGAGGAUUCCUCCAACAGAGUUACACCUGAGCCAGAGUUAGAAUGUUCCUUGCCAAUCGAGAAGAUAAUGUCCCCACCAAAGAGCCCAUCACCACCUGAGCUGAAAUCCCCUGAGAAGAUGGAAAAGUCACCCUUAGAUAUAGAUUCUAAGAAACACGGAGAAAAUGGCCAUUCAAUCCUGUUCUCAGCACCACUGACCAAACAGGAAUCUGAUGCCAAUCUAUCCUCAGCUUUUAAAGAAGAGAGUAAGAUGUCUAUUUCAGAGGGCACUACAUCAGACAAGUCUGGAACUCCCCUGGAGGAGGUGGUAGCAGAAGACACAUUUUCGCAUCUAGCGUCAGCAUCCACGGCAUCCCUUGCCACAAGUUCAUUACCGGAACCAACAACUGGCUCACCUUCCCUUCAUGCUGAAGUUGGCUCACCUCACUCAACAGAGGUAGAUGACUCGUUGUCUGUCUCUGUGGUUCAAACUCCAACCACCUUCCACGAGGCUGAGGGAUCUCCAACCAAGGAAGAUAGCCCAAGGCCUAUGUCUAUCUCUCCAGACAUUUCCCCAAAAACAAAAAACAUACCACAGGACACAAAAUCUCCAGAGCAUUCUACUAUGUCAAUAGAGUUUGGCCAGGAGUCCCCCGAUCACUCCUUAGCCCUGGACUUCAGCAAGCAGUCUCCAGAGCACCAGUCAGUGGGCAGCAGCUCACGUGCUACUGAGAAUGGACCAACUGAGGUUGACUUCAGUCCCUCAGAUGGUACAGAGGUGAAAGCAUCUGCAGACACCAGAUUUGCAAAGGAGCACCCUUUCCUUUUUGAUGAGAUUGAUUCGGUCCGUGCCACUUCUGCAACCCCAUCUGAUGCAUCUCAGUCUACUCCAUCUGUCUCAACCCCCUGUCAAAUGACAGAGAUCACACGUACUGUCGUGGAGUCUCCAGCUACUCCAAAAGCAUCAUCUCUCACCCUUUCUCCCCAUUCUAAUGAGCCAUCUCCAGUGCUAGGAAGUUCCCCAGCUAAAGUCAGUGCCAGUCCACCUUUACAAUCUGUGGAACACAUGGCUAAAUGUGAUUCACAGCAGAAAUAUGACAAGUCACCUUCACCUCCCCAAACCACUUCCCCAUCCCCCUCUUUUAAUAUUUUCAAAGGAGAAACACUUGUCCAGACAGAAGAGGCAAUUUCUUUUACAUCUGAGAGUUCCAUGCGUGAGAAAAAAUCUCCUCCUCUGAGUCCCAAAGUUUCUUUACCAUUACAGCUACCUAUCUCCACUGAGCCAUGCAAUCACAGUUCUGUCUGUGGCUCUAGAGAACCAGAUUCUACAAAGAGGAGCCCCUGUUCUCCAUCUAAAACAGAUGUAGACCUCUGCCUAGUCACUUCUUGUGAGUACCGACACCCCAAGACUGAGUUGUCACCGUCAUUCAUUAACCCCAAUCCUCUGGAAUAUUUCAUUAAUGAAGAGAAGGCUUUGGAUGAGGAGAAGCCUCUGGCCAAGUCAGGAGGAGGGCCACCACCUCCAGGAGGUAAGCUGUCUGCCAAACAAUGUGAGGAGACUCCACCCACAUCUAUCAGUGAAUCUGUUCCAUCGCAGACGGACUCUGAUGUUCCACCAGGGACGGAAGAAUGCCCUUCUAUCACAGCAGAUGCAAACAUUGAUUCUGAGGAUGACUCUGAGACUCUUCCAACUGAUAGAACUCUGACCUACAGGCAUGGAGAUCCUCCUCCAGUAGCACUCAGGGACCCAGCUCCAACUUCAGGCCAUCAUGAUGUCUGCAUGGUGGACCCAGAGGCUCUGAAGGCUGAGGAAAACCUUCACAAUGCAAAUACAAAUGGAGUCGAGAAGCCCAGCAAGAAAAAGUUGACGAAAAGGUCUUCUCCAGCUAGGAAGAGUGGUCUAUCAAAAGUGAAGGACUCAAAGACUGCAUCUCCAAAGAAGGGUGUUGGAGAAGGGAAAGAUGCCAAAAAUGCAACCAAUACCUCUGCAUCCAGAGUUGUAAAAACUGCUGCAUCAGGUGUUGGAAGUGGAAAACUGUCAUCUCCCAACUGUCCUCCCAUGUACAUGGAUUUGGUUUACAUCCCCAAUCACUGCAGUGCCAAGAAUGUGGAUGCUGAGUUCUUUAAAUGUGUGCGGUCGUCUUACUAUGUGGUCAGUGGCAAUGACCAGUCAGCUCAGGAACCAAGCCGGGUGGUCCUUGAUUCUUUACUGGAAGGAAAGGCCCAGUGGGGAGACAAUAUGCAAGUCACUCUGAUUCCGACUCAUGACACGGAUGUAAUGAGGGAGUGGUACCAAGAGACCCACGACAAGCAGCAGGAGCUCAACAUCAUGGUCCUGGCCAGCAGCAGCACGGUCGUCAUGCAGGAUGAGUCCUUCCCAGCUUGUAAGAUAGAAAUGUAGGCCUGUUCUGCAAGAGACCAGGAGCGACCGUUUUCUGCAAAAGAAAUCCAACCAUGUAGCAUAAAGCCUAAACAGACACUUAAACACAGAAUAAGAUAGAAAUCCAAAAUGAUGAUUAACAUCAUUUAUUACACAAUAACUGCAGAUGGGGGACAACCGUCAAUCUGAUUCUUCUAUGAGUGGAUUGAACAGGGGAAGAUAAGAAACCAAACAACCCAGAUUACCCAUCGUUGAGUAUUGAGUUUCCUCUCAAUCUCUAGACCAACAUUUAUCGAUCUUUUAAUCAAUUUAACUGCCUCCGGGGUACAAAUCUUCCCACAUUUUCUGUGUUCUGAAACAAUGGCUGUUAUUCAAACCAAAGCAUAAAGUAACACCUUUUUUCUGUUUCUGCCUUAGGGAAUCCAAAUGAAUGUAGAGCUAGCAGAAAGAUUGGACAGGUUUCUCCAAACACCCGAGGUUGAUCCUAGAAUGACUGUUCAAAGGCUACGAAGUGAAAUAAAGUUUAGAAAUUAAAGAUACACUUGACACCGAUGAGCAUUUUGCUGAUGCCUAUCAUCAUAUUAAUCAUGAGAAAGUCAGAGCGCUGCUACCAUUAUGAAACCUUUUUCCUUUGUCUUUUAACUUAACUAGGUUUUAUUUAUUAUUCGAUAAAUGCCUGUAUUUGUCCAUUUUACGUUGCUGCUUGUGUAUUUUGGAAUAAUUUAUUAUGUUGAAUUUAAAUUAUAAAACUUGAUUGUCCAGAGAGCCUUUUACACCGUGCAAAAGGAAGUUGCUUCACAACACCCUCCCUUGCCUUCGUCACUUCUGUGAAAUCUCUUCCAAGGACUGGGCUUGAAGAUUGUUUCUAGAAGAAAAAGUCAGAUCUUAUUUCUUGUAAUUGUUUUUUAAUGUAAUCAAUGAGCUAAGGGAGAGAAAGGGUUUUACGGCUGUAAAGCUCAGGAGACAGGAUAUUUUCAUAAACCCUAAAAUUUCUUGUUUUUCUAAAGCAUUGUACUGUAUUUAUAAAUAGUUUUGCUUGUAGAGUGGUUGGGAAACCCGCAUGACUUAUGCUACUUUAGGAUUUUUCUCUUUUUUUUUUUGUUUUAAUGUUUUUAGCUCAGACUUACAAAUUUAGGACAACAUACACUACACAUGUGUUUCAAGAGAAUGAGGAGCAUUGUAUGAGUUUUUGCAAGUUGUGCUAUGACACAUGUAUACCACACUAACUUCAAAUGAGUACCAGCAAAGCUAAAGUGAUUUAAAAAAAAAAAGAAAGAAAAGCACAUUUGCUGGAAACGUAGGCCAGAAUGACAGCGAAUUAGUUUGUACAAGAAGCAUGAGGGAGGCAGCACAGAGACGUGUACGUGAGUGACGUGUGUUUUAGACGAAAGUAUGUGGAGUAAAACUAGUCACUUUAACACAAACACGACACAUACCAACCCAACAGUACAGAGGCCGCACAUCAACCGACGGGCCACCUUCUGGAGAAACAUUUAACAAACCACAACACAACAGUCAACAGGCAUGGGUGUUUUGGGCCCUUAAGUGGACUCAUCCACCGAAGUAAAUACUUCUGAAGUGACGCCAGGUCUUCACGACAACCACACCACAGACCGGUUUUCCUGCAGGAAAAUGUCAAACUAACAUCAAACUUACUCUCAACUUGAACUGACAUUUCUCUUUUUCUCUUUCUUCUUUCUCUACGCUUCUUUAUCUGCCUUUUUCUCCUCAUCUUUCACCCAGGAGAACUUUAAAACUGUUUGUCUGCAGCUGUGUGGUAUAUUUGUCUUGUGAUCUCGCAUCCUCUUUGCCCUUUCCCCCCAAACUCCUAUGUAACCUCUAGCAAUUAGUUUCGAGUGAAAAUAUCCCUUAGUGCUUUCUGAUCUUUGUGUGCAAUACUUCCUCUACUGAAUCCAUGUGGCAAACCUAUUGUAAGACGACUCACUACUAUACAGUAAACAUUCAAGGACAACCACAAUAAAAACUGUUGUGAAGA